AUUUGGCCCAUCCCCAUUUUAAUCAAAAUUUGACCACUUUCUCCUCCAUUUUAUGAAACAGGACGAUUUAUACAUCAGUAUCCAUUCACGGUUUUAUUGAAAAUGGUAAACAACAAUCAAUAGGGGACCAAGUUUUGGCCUUUAUGUUUGUUGUUUCCCUAACACUCCAGAAUGUUGGAACCAUAGGAAGCACCCAACAAUCCUACCAAAAUAUCUCCUCCUUAUAUCAUCAAUCAACACAAAACCCUUUUCUUUUCUCCACAUUUCACAUCUGGGUUUUGCAUUUUCUUGAAAAAUGGUGAAUGGGAAUCAAUCAGCUGCAGGUGGAGUUGUGAGAGUUUCUGGGAAAGUGUUUUUUACUGCGAAUCAGUGGGAAGAACUCGAGAGGCAAACAACGAUCUACAAGUACAUAAUGGCUUCAAUCCCUGUUCCUCCACAGCUUCUCGUAUCUUUAUCCACUCAAUCCAACAGGAUGGGUAUGGGUUUGAGACUCUCAAACGGGUCGGAUCCGGAGCCGUGGAGGUGUAGAAGAACAGAUGGUAAGAAAUGGAGGUGUGCCAAGGAUGUGGCUCCUGAUCAAAGGUACUGCGAGCGACAUGCGCGCAAGACUAGAUCGCGUUCAAGAAAGCCUGUGGAAACCGCAUACACUAAAGAUACUUCCACCGUGGUUUCCGCUGCAAAUCAACAACCCGAGUGCAGUGAUUGGUUGAAGAAGAAUGCUGGUAUCCCUGCGUAUCAAUCGACAUCGAAUAACCAAUUUCAGCAACCAACGCAGUCCGCAAUCGGAGGAUCAAAAAGGGACCAGAUUUCGAAACAAGAUUAUAAAGAAAUUCAUCAGCAAAACUCCUUGAUCGACCACAAUAAUUCUUACCUAAACGCUAGUUUUACCGGCAUUGAUGGUUGGUCUAGGAUUGGUGGUGGAGAUGAAUGUUCUCUAACAUUAUCAAUGCAAUCUGGUGGGAACCAGAUGGAGUUUGAUCAUGAGAGUUUUCAAAUGGCUGUUGGAUUGUUGAGUGGUGAUAGAGAUGGGUGUGAAGAUGUUUUCAAACCGCACCACAAUUGGCUGAACCAGGCUUCUUGGGCAGGUUUGGGUUCGGGUUCAGGUUCUGGUUCCACACCUGGUGGGCCGUUAGGUGAAGCAUUGUGCCUAGGAAUCACUAGUACUCGAAACGAGCCAUCUUAUCAUGGCUAUAGCUCCAACACGAACAGCAGCAGCGCCUGCGAAGGUGGUGGUUUGAAUUUUGUGAACAGACGAGAUGGUUGAGGUGCUUUUGUUGGAUCAUCAUGUUGUAGUCGAUGUUUACUUGCGUCUUAUUUGAUUGUCUUUAAAGGAUUUCACAUGUUUUAGAUUCAUGUUAAUGUAGUAAUAGUAAAUGAUCACAAGUCAUACGCGAUAAGUGAGGUUUGUUCGCGGUGAGGAUGAUGCUUUUUGAAAGCUUCUAAAAUGAUUUAUAAUAUUUUCUUUUAUAAAUUUGAAUA